AUGCAAGUUUAGUCGACAAUCAACACUCUUUAAUUAUAAUUGUGUAUUUGUAAACUUUGAUGUUACUUGUUGUAUAUUAUUUAAAUGCAGUUGAAAGAUUAUUACUUGGUGAAAAAGAAAAUAUAAAAUGUGGUUUUCAAGUGAAACGAUUUAUCAAGGAUACAUAAAAAUUAAUACCUUGCUGUGAUCAGUGAAUUAUAUAAUUUAAAUAAUUAAAUAAAAAUAAUUAUGUCGAUGAAAUAAAAUGAAGCUAAUAUUUAAAAGAUUAAUCAAUAAAAUUCAAUAUUUUGAUUAUAUGCAAAAAUCAAUAAUAUUAACAUGUACAAUUUUAAUAGCUUGUCUUUAUUUAAUAACAAUUUAUUUCAAUAUUAUAAUUGAACUAUGUUUUACAAAUAAGUCAGUCAUGUCAAAGAUAAAUAAAUCAACAAAAUUGAUAUUAUAUUGGAAUAAAUUAUUUGACAGGGAUGAUUUUUAUAUAGGUCAUGGUGAUAUUUGUAAAUUUUGUAAUGAUAUACCAAAUGAUUUGACAUAUGCAUCAUCAAAUCGUAAAAUUAAAAAUAUCGAUGAUUAUGAUAUGAUAUUAUUUCAUGGUAGUGAACUUGAUAUAUAUGAUUUACCAAAUAAAAGAAAUAAUAAACAAAAAUAUAUUUAUGUUAAUCUUGAAAGUCCAAUAAAUCGACCAAUUGAAAAUGAAAUAUUUGAAAAUUUUUUUAAUCUUACAAUGACAUAUAGACUUGACAGUGAUAUACCAUUUACGUACAGUGAAAUUUAUGAUAAAAAAAUUGGAAAUAUCAUUGGACCACUUUCAAAUACUAGUUGGAAGACGUUUGACUAUGCAACAGAUGAUGAUGAUAAUGCUGAUUUAUUAAAAUUAAUUAAAAAAAAGAAAAAAAAUGCCAUUUGGUUCGUGAGUAAUUGUCAUACUGCUGGUGGUCGUGAAAAAUACGUUGAAGAAUUAUCGAAACACAUGAAUGUCGAUAUAUUUGGAAGAUGUGGAAAUGAAAUAAAAUGUCCACGUGAAGAAAAUUGUUUUAAAAAAAUUGUUGAGCCAGAAUAUUAUUUUUAUUUGUCAUUUGAAAAUAGUCUUUGUCAAGAUUAUGUAACUGAAAAACUAUUCACUGCUUUAAAAUAUAAUGUGGUGCCAGUUGUUUAUGGAGGUGCUAACUACAGUAAAUUUGCACCUCCAAAUUCUUACGUGAACGCAUUGGAUUUUGAUAGUCCAAAAAAUUUAGCUGAAUAUUUAAUUAAAUUAUCAAAUGAUCCAAAUGAAUAUGUUAAAUAUUUUAAAUGGAAAAAAUAUUAUAAACUAGCUGAUGAUAGCAAUGCUGCAAGAUGUAAACUUUGUGAAAUAUUACAUAAUGACAAACGACAAUAUAAAUUUUAUGAUCCAUUGUCUGCAUGGUAUUCAAAGUGUCCAUUGCAAAAAAAAAUUGACUCUUUAAAUCCAUACUUAACUAAGUCUUCUAAUAAUUGAAAUUAUUAAUUUUUAUUUUUGUAAAUUAAUUUUUUAACAAGUCUGCCAAAAGAAUAUAAAAAAAAAAUAUUUCAAGCUUGAUGUACAUAAAGAUUUAUUUGAAUAUGUUUUGUUUUAUUUUUUAUUAUUAUUAUUUUGUUCAUGAUGGUUAUAUUAAUGUUGAAUUUAAUACAACAGAAUGAUAAAUUGACAGUUGGUAAAUUGUAUAUAAUACAUCAAUCUGUCAAAGCUCUUUUUUUUUAUUUUCUAUAUAGUAGGGAAAACAAAAAUGUAACAAUAACGAUAACAGGAAAAAAGAGAAAAAAAAAUCAGACAGCAUCAAUUGUUAUCUUGAUAAUUUAUGAUGUCUUAAGUGCUUGUGGACAUUCUGAAUAAACACCAAAAAUUGAUAAAUGUGAAAUCAGAAAAUGAAUAAAUAAUUUUACAUUUAUUAAAAUAAUAUUAUAAAACUUUUAAGAUGUCUCUUGUAUAAAUGUAGUGUUUUUAUUAUUAUUUAUAUCAUUUUGAUUUUCAUUAAUUAUAAUUUUUAUUAGUGUCAACAGCAUCUAAACUAUCUAAACUAUAAUUAACACAAUGUGCUUUUGGAAAUUCCCAAGUGGCAUAAGAAGACCUGUCGUUUCUAUAGUAAAGUUUAUUCUCUCUAUGGGUAUUGACUGCCUCAGGGGACAAAAAAAAGUUGAGUAAUAUGAUUUCUUGAUCCAUAUUUCAAAACUCAAUUGAAAAUGAAACUAUUCACAUGAAAAACUAAACAUUCCGGAUAAUGUGAAAAAAUGUUUUUGUUUUUUUCUCAAAACAAAAAAACAAUCACAAGUAAAAAUUAGAAAAUAAAAGUAAUUACUAGAUUAAAAAUUUGUCAAUAAUUUAAAUAAAAUUUUUCCAUUAAAUUAUUAAUUGAUGUUUUUUUUUUUUUUUUUUUUACUCGAUAAAGUUAUUAUAAAAUUUUGAACUAUACCGUAGUAAUUAUUUUAUGAAUAUUAAUUUUUUCAAAGUUCAUAUUGUUGACAGAAUAAUUAACCUUUGUAUUUAUUUUCUAUAAAUAUAAAUUUAAACAAAAAUUACUCUUCAUCUAAAUGAAAAAAAAAAAAAAAAA